AUGACGACAAGUUCUGCAAAACAAGAUACCGAGAAUGUUUUGGUGCAACCUACCGAAUCGGGCCACAGAAGCUCAACUCAUGACCAGAUUCCUAUCCGAAAAAUCAACAAAUUGAUUUUAAACUACUUUAUUCAGGAGGGUUUUCCAAAUGCUGCCUUGAGUUUCUCCAAAGAAGUUCAAAUCGAUUUAAAGCAUGAUGACGAGCCUUGGUCUCGUCAAGGGAAAGACGCCAAUCAGUUUCUUCACACUCCAAAAAAUAAUACUCAGGAAUUCAUUGAAGCAAUUACCAAAUAUUUGGAUUCUCUGAGCAUCACCCCAGAGAAGGAGGAGAUAGCUACGAAGUUACAUGAGAAGGAUACAAUCAAGGGCUACUCGUCAAUACAAAAGCGAAAACAGAUCAAGUAUUUGAUUUUAAAGGGUGAUAUAACCCUGGCGAUUGCAGCCAUCAGUACCCAUUUUCCUACUGUGCUUGAUUCCAAUAACUUAUUACUUUUCAAGCUCCUAAGACUCAACUUGAUAGAAAUGAUAAGAGCGCAUAAGUUGAAGAUGAGCUAUCUAGAACAAGAGGACGCUGCUGCUGAAAGGCAGUUUUUGGACGAUGUGCUAAUGUUUGUCAGAAAGAAUCUCAUAAGCAAAGUCACGCAGUCUUAUGAUUUGAUAAAAGAACUUGAAAUGACAAUGAGUUUACUUUGCUUCAACUUUGAUCCAAGGCGCCCGAUUCAAGAGCUGAGUGACCUUCCGGAGGACUUGAAGCAGCUCUUUGACCUCUCUCUUCGUGCUGAUUGCUACAAAGUCGUCAACAGAGUCAUCCUUGAUUUGGAGAAUGCAGAGCAGGACUCUCUUCAAUACAAGAGGCGAGAGUUUGCGACGUUUGAUGCUAGUAAACUCGCCAACAUGGAUGCACCUCCACCUUUAAAACCAAGAGAGGACAUUGAUAUGGAGGAUACUGAUGCAUCUAGAGAUCUUGAUGAUGUCAUUCCCAAGGACUUCCCAGAGAAAGACUCCGUGUUGGCCCCGUCGACCUCAAAGUCUUCUGACGAGCUGCCUGGACAGCUAGAUUCUCGUCUUGAAACGAUUGCUAAGCUAUGGGUAAUGACAGAAAGGGUGUUGGUAGAUAAGAACAUUAUUCCGCAAAGAAAAUACGAGAGCGAUAAGAAAUGGCUAUAG